AUGGCAUUUAAACACAACAUUGGAGGCUCACAGUCACACCGCAGUCGCGAACCCCCUACCUUGGAUCCCUCAGCAAGCCUUCGCGCGGCGUCCUUAGCAACAAGCGCGCUCACUCUCCGCCCCGCCCUGUUUGGGCGGCGCGGCCUGGGCGCUAGGCGGCGGCAACAAUUGCGCCUGCGCGCGCCCACAACCGCCAGUAAUCUCUGUUCCCCUCCCCUCCUUCCCCCCUCCCCUCAUCUCCUCCUCCUCUGCCGCUUGGAACGAGACACCAACAUGGAGCCCGAGGACUUGCCAUGGCCCAGCGAGCUAGAGGAGGAGGAGCCGGAGGACGAGGUCGUGAUGGUGGAGGAGGUGGAGGGGGAGGAAGAGCCUGAAUUGGAGGCCGACUGUAAUUACGAGUUUCAGCAUCAGGAGAGCACGGAUGGAGAGGAGGAGGACGAAGAGGCCAAGGCCUGGCUGCAGGCACCCCCGGCCCGGGCCUCGCUCCCGUGGCAUCAGUACACGGAGGGCGAACGGGCCAGCGCAGGGAAGGUUGUUCCAUUGACCUGUCACGUAUGGCAAAAAUAUCAAGGGAAUAAUAGAACACAAAAUCCCAGUACUGAUCUGGUCUCUCUGCAGACAACUCAGUGGGGAUCUGGAGAUGAUCAGAAAAUGGAAUCUUGGCAUUGCCUUCCUCAAGAAACGGACUUUUCCCAGACCUUGGAUACAUCCCAGGCCAGGUUUAAUGUGAGAGAGGAAGGGGCUGAAGUAACAGACUUCCCCUCUAUGGAGGAAGGUGUAUUGACCCAAUCAGAAAAUCAAAUGAAGGAACACAACAGAGAUACCUCAUGUUCUCCAUUGAUAGUCAUACAGGACAGCUUUGCUUCUCCUGAUUUGCCUUUGUUGACUUGCAUGACCCGAGAUCAAGAGUUUGGAUCUGAUUUCUUAUUUCAACAAAGUGAACUAGAGUUUGCACCUCUGAGGGGAGUUCCUGAUAGGUCUGAAGACAGUGAAUGGUUUUCCCGACCAUCGGAAGUUAGUGAAGCUUUGUUCCAGGCAACUUCAGAAGUAGCUUCCGAUGUGGUUAACAGCUGCGUGAGUGUAUCUCAGCACCCACUCAUAGGUAGUACAGGUGUAGAGUCUCAGAAAUCUCUUUUACUUCCUGAACAAGAGAAUAAUGAAACCAUUUCUUCUGAUAGAGUUGAUGAACUUCAAGCUCCCAAAGACUCUGAUAAGUAUGAUGUUCUUUGUUCUUAUAUGUCACUGAAGACACAAGACAUUGCUCAGCAGCCAGAAACCAGUUUAGCUGGUAAAGGUCAGGUUUCUUCCUCAAGUUUGUCUGACAUAAGUGAUGAAAACAUAACUACCAAAGGAAGUGAUAGCUUUGAUGCUUCUUGUUCAUAUAUGCAGUGUUGGAAACAGGAAGAUACAAUUAGGCAAAAUGAUUCUUAUUUUCUAGAGAACCUAGAGGGGCAAGCUGAGUCUGACAUCACUACUCUGGAUUCUGAUCCUGAAUACCGUAUCCUAAAAGAACAUGCAGUUGUGGGCAGUGACAAUGAGAGACUUGCUGAACUAGUAAGAGAGCCUACCAACAAGCCAGAGGAUCACUCAUCAGAUCUCAGGAUGUUGAGAGUAUCUCUUGGGACUGUGUCAAAGACGCUCAGACAUCUUGCCGGAGAUUCUAUUGGAGGAAGCACAACUGACAUUACUCAAACCAACUUGAAAUCAGAUAUUACUACUGCUUCUGAAGAUUCGGACAUUAGAUCAAAUAUAUCCCUGCAUAAUGAGGCCUUGCCUCAGUCAGCUGUAAGAUCCCCUCAACCCAAGACAACUGGUCACCAUACAAAUAUUUUAUACGAACAGACUUUACCAGAUAGUCAUCUAAAUGAACAGACUCUGGAAGUUUCAUCUUUACCUGCAUUGGCCAACCAAAAGAAGAGGACACCAACAGUACUCUCUAGUUCCCACUCAUACAUGGAGAAGCCUAGUACUUUGUAUCAACAAGAGUUACUUGACAGCCAUCUAACUGAAGAAGCUCUUAAAGUUUUAGCUGCUACUGAACUAGCUGACCAGAGUACUGAGAUCUCAAAAGUAACCUCUAGUUCCUACUCACAGAUAGAGAAGCCCCGUAUAUUCUAUAAACAGGUGUUGCCAGAUAGUGAUCUAUCUGAAGAAGCUCUGAUACUUUUAGCUGCUCCGGAACCAGAUGCCCAGAAGACUGGGACACAUACAGUGCCUUCUAGUUCCUACUCACAGAAAGAGAAGCCUGGAACUUACUUCCAUUCGUUGUCAGGUAGUUAUUUUACUGAAGAGGCGCUGAAAAGCUCAGCUGUUCUUGGACCAACGGACCAGAAGAUUGGGAUACCAACAGUACUCUCUAGUUAUUACAUACAAAAAGAGAAGCCCAAUACUUUUUACAAACAAGUGUUGAAACCAGAUAGUCAUCUAACUGAAGAGACUGUGAUAAAAAGUUCACCUGAACCAGCUGACCAGACGACUGGGAUUCCAACAGUCCCUCCUAAUUACUACUCACCUAGAGAAAGACCUGGUAGUUUCUACCAACAGACAUUAUCAGAUAGUCAUUUAACUCAAGAAACUCUAAAAAAUUCAGCUGUUCCUGAACAACCUAACCAAAACACUAGGACACCAACAGUAACCCCUAGCUCGCACACACAUAGAGAGAAGCCUGGUACUUUGUAUCCACAGGUAUUACCAGAUAGUCAUCUAACUGAACAGACUCUGAGAAGUUCACCUGUUUCUGGUGUAACAGCUGACCAGGACCUUGGGAUUCAAACAGUGUCAUCUAAUUCCUAUCCUCAGAGAGGGAAGCCUGGUGUUAUCUACCAACAGACAUUGCCAGAUACUUACGUGAAUGAACAGACUCUGAAAGGCUCAGCUGUUCCUGGAAGACCUGAUCAGAAGACUGGGAUAUCAACAGUGCCCCCCAGUUCCCACUCACAUAGAGAGAAACCUGUUAGUAUUUUCUAUCAACAGGCUCAGCCAGAUAGUCAUCAUACUGAACAGGCUCUGAGAAGUUCAUCUGUUCUUGGUGUACCAACUAACCAGAAGCCUGGGAUGCCAACAGUGACCACUAGUUCCUACCCACAGAGAGAGAAGCCUGGUGUUUUCUACCCACAGGUGUUACCAGAUAGUCAUGUAACCGAUGAGGAUCUGGAAGGUUCAGCUGUUCUUGGACAACCUGACCAGAAGACUGGGAUAUCAACAGUAUCUUUUACUUCCCACUCACAUAGAGAGAAGUCUGAUGUUUUCUUUCCACAGGUGUUACCAGAUAGUCCUCAAACUGAACAAGCUCUGAGAAGUUCACCUGUUUCUGGUGUACCAGCUGACCAGAAACCUAGAAUACCAACAGUGUCCACUAGUUCCCACCCACUGAGAGAGAAGCCUGGUGUUUUCUACCCACAGGUGUUACCAGAUAGUCAUGUAACCGAAGAGGAUCUGGAAGGUUCAGCUGUUCUUGGACAACCUGACCAGAAGACUGGGACACCAACAGUGCCCUCUGGUUCCCACUCACAUACGUUCCACCAACAAGUGUUACCAAAUAGUCCUCAUACUGAACAGGCUCUGAGAAGUUCAUCUGUUCCUGGUUUACCAGCUGACCAGAAGAGUGGGAUACCAACAGUGUCCACUAGUUCCCACCCACUGAGAGAGAAGCCUGGUGUUUUCUACCCACAGGUGUUACCAGAUAGUCAUGUAACCGAAGAGGAUCUGGAAGGUUCAGCUGUUCUUGGACAACCUGACCAGAAGACUGGGAAAUCAACAGUACCCUCCAGUUCCCAUUCGCAUAAAGAGAAGCCUGGUCCUUUCUAUCAACAGAUAUUACAUGAUAGUCAUCAUACUGAACAGGCUCUGAGAAGUUCACCUGUUCCUGGUGUACCAGCUAACCAGAAGACUGGGAUACCAACAGUGUCUACUAGUUCCUACCCACAGAGAGAGAAGCCUGAUAGUUUCUAUGAACAGACAUUGCCAGAUAGUUACCAAAGUGAACAGGCUCUGAAAGGCUCAGUUACUCCUGGACAACCUGACCAGAAGACUGGAGCAGCAACAGUGCCCUCCAGUUCCCAUUCACAUAGCGAGAAACCUGGUACUUUCUAUCAAACUGAAGAGGCUCUGAGAAGUUCACCUGUUCCUGACCAGAAGCUUGGAAUACCAUCAGUGUCCAUUAGUUCCUAUCCACAGAGAGAGGAAACUGGUGUUUUCUACCAACGGACAUUAUCAGAUGGUCAUCUAACUGAAGAGGCACUGAAAGGUUUAGCUGUUCCUGGAUACUCUGAUCAUGAGACUGAGAUUCCAACAAUAGUACCUCCUAGUUCCCACUAUACUUUGUACCAACAGGCGUUACCAGAUAGUCAUCAAACUGAACAGAGUCUGAGAAGUUCGUCUAUUCUAGCUGGCCAGAAGCCUGGGUUAACUAUCGCGCCUACUAGUUCCUACCCACUGAGAGAGAAGCCUGGUGAUUUCUAUCCACAGGCAUUACCAGAUAGUCACCAGACUGAACAGGUGCUGAAAAGGUCACCUGUUCCUGAUGUACCAGCUGACCAGAAGCCUGGCAUAACAACAGUGUCCUCUAGUUCUUUCCUACAGAGAGGGAAGCCUGGUGUUUUCUACCAACAAGUGUUACCAAAUAGUCCUCAAACUGAACAGACUCUGAGAAGUUCACUUGUUCCUGGUGUACCAGCUGACCAGAAGCCUGGGAUACCAACAGUGUCCACUAGUUCCUACCCACAGAGAGAGAAGCCUGGUGUUUUCUACCCACAGUCAUUGCCAGUUAGUCAGCUAACUGAAGAAGCUCUGAAAGAUUCAGUGGUUUCCAGACAACCUGACCAAAAGACUGAGAUACCAGCAGUGCCUUCUGUUUCUCAUUCACAUGAAGAGAAACCCAGUACUUUCUACCAACAGGUAUUACAAGAUAGUUGUCAAACUGAACAGGCUCUGAGAAGUUCACCUGUUCCUGGUGUACCAACUGACCAGAAGACUGGGAUACCAACAGUGUCCUCUAGUUCCUACCCACAGAGAGAGAAGCCUGAUGUUUUCUACCAACAGGAAUUAUCAGAUAGUCAUCUAACUGAAGAGGCUUUGGAAAGUUCACCUAUCCCUGGUCCAGCUGACAAAAAGACUGGAAUACAAACAGUGCUUUCUAGUUCCUACCCACAGAGAGAGCAGCCUGGUAUUUUCUACCAACAGGUGUUGCCAAAUAGUCAUCUAAGUGAGGAGGCUGUGAAGGUUUUAGCUGUUACUGGACCUGCUGCCCAAAAGUCUGGGGUACCAACAGUGCCUUCUAGUUCUUACUUACAUAAAGAGAAGCCCGGUAGUUUUCAUCAUCAGACACUGCCAGAUCAUCAUCUUACUGGAGAAGAGGCUCUGAAAGUUUUAACUGUUCUUGAGUCAGCUGAUCAGAAGAUUGGGAUACCAACAGUACUUACUAGUUCUUACUCACAUAAAGAGAAGACUGGUAUUAUAUACCAACAAGCACGUCCAGAUAGUCAUCUAACUGAAGAGACUCUGAAAGAUUCACCUCUUCCUGGACCUGCUGACCAAAAGACUGGGAUACCAACAGUACCCACUGGUUCCUACCCGCAGAGAGAGAAGUCUGAUAUAUUCUACCAACAGGAGUUGUCAGACAGUGAUCUGACUGAAGAGACUUCAAAGGUUUCAGCUGUUCCUGGACCAACCGACCAAAAGUCUGGAGUACCAACAGUAUCCUCUCAUUUCUCCUCGAAGAGAGAUACAUCUGGUAUUUUCUACCAACAAGUAUUGUCAGACAGUCAUCUAACUGAAGAGUCUCUGAAAAGUUCAGAUGUUCCUGGACCAGCUGACCAUAAAAUUAGGAUACCAACACAACUCUCUAGCUCUUACUCACCUAGUGAGAAAUCUGGUACUUUUUACCAACAGAAUGUGUCAGAUAGUCAUCUAACUGAAGAGGCUCUGAAAGUUUCAACUGCUCCUAGACCAACUGACCAAAAAACUGGAUUACUAAUAGCUCCCAUUAGUUCCUACUCACAUACAGUGAAGCUUAAGAUUUCACCUGUUACUGGAUCUGAUGACAAGACUGAGUCACCAAUUGGUCCCACCAGUUCCAGUUCAUCCCGAGAGAAGCCCAAGAUUUCAACUGUGAUUGGAUCAGAUGACCAGAAGACUCCGUUACUAACAGUUUUCUCUAGCUUUUAUUCUCAAAGAGGAAAGCCUAGUAAUAUCUCUCAACAAGGGUUGCCAGAUAAACAUCAAAAUGAAGAUAAUCUGAAGGUUUCAACAGUCCUUAAACCAACUGAUGGGAAUACUGGAAUACCAGCAUCUCUUGACAGUUCCUGUUCACAGACAGAGCAAUCUAAUAUUUUCUACCCACCGGAAUUGUCAAAUAGACAUCUAACUGCUGAUUCUCUGAAGGCUUCAAUAAUUCCUGAACCAAGUGACCAGAAAACUGUGUUACCAACAGUUCCUACGAGUUCUGUUUCACAGGGAGAAAAGCUUAAUAUUUUUUCUCAACAAGAUUUGCCAGAUAAACAUGUAACUGAAGAUACCCUGAAGCUCUCAAGUGUUGGGCAAGUUGAACAGAUUACUGAGUUGCCAACAGUUCCCUCUGAUACUUACUUACAUAGUGAAAAGCACAAACUUGUUUUGGAACGCACCCAAAGGUUAAUAGACAAUUUUGAUUCCUCUGACCCCAGUGUUAACUCAAAGAAUAUGCCUGUAAAUUCUCAGGCUGAAGGUAGAGCUGUAAUACAUAAACCUGAAUCAUUAAAUUUUGGAGAUUUGGGCCCUGAGGAAACCCGAGAUAUUGAUAGUGGUUCCAAAACUCUUAAAGAGAUUCAGACGCUUUUAAUGGAGGCAGAAAAUAUAGCACUGAAGCGAUGCAAUGUUCCUACUCCUCUUAUCCCCUUCAGGGAUGUCAGUGACGCUUCGUGUAUACAACCGAAGAAGGUUUGCUUCAAAGAACCCUUUCCAGCUGAUGAAUGUAAUGAUGAUUUGCUUCAGAAACAGCCAGUAUCAGAGAAAAACCCAAGCAGCAAGUGCAUUCAGAAGGAUAUUAGCACACAGACAAAUCUAAAAUGCCAGAGAGGGUUUGAAAAUUGGGAGUUUAUUAGUUCAACUACAGUUAGAAGUCCUCUGCAGGAAGCAGAAAGCAAAGCCAGAGUAGCAUUAGAGGAAACCCUUAAGCAGUAUGAAACAGCCAAAUAUGUAAUGAGGUCUGAACCUGAAGGGUGUAGUGGAAACAUUGGGAAUAAAAUUGUUAUCCCUGUGAUGAGUAUCAUAAAAAGUGAUUCAAGUAGUGACACAAGUGACGGGCAUGGUUCCUGCUCAUGGGACAGUAAUUUACCAGAGUCUUUGGAGUCAGUGUCAGAUGUCCUUCUAAACUUCUUUCCAGCUGCUUCACCCAAUGCUAGCAUAACAGAUAGCAGAGAGGAAGAGGGUGUGUCAGAGACUGAGGAUGGUGGUAGCAGCAGUGCUGAUUCCCUGGCUACACAUGUGAAAACCCUUCUGAAAUGUGAAUCUUCAUUGAAUCAUGCCAAGCAAAUACUGAGAAAUGCAGAGGAAGAGGAAUGUCGGGUACGAGCACGGGCCUGGAGUCUGAAGUUUAAUAUGGCUCACGAGUGUGGAUACUCCAUUUCAGAAUUAAAUGAAGAUGACAGGCGAAAAGUGGAAGAGAUCAAGGCAAAGCUGUUUGGUCAUGGGAGAAGUGACUUGUCCCAGGGUUUACAGAGUCCACGGGGUAUAGGAUGCAAGCCAGAAGCUGUAUGUAGUCACAUUAUUAUUGAGAGCCAUGAAAAAGAAUGUUUCAGGACUCUAGCUACUCAGCAAGCACAAAUGGAUGGUCAUCCUUGUGUCUUCAGACCCGAUGAACCUGAUGAAAUGAUCAGAGGACAGCAGGGCCCCUCAUCAUGGAGAGCCAGGCAUAUCAACCUUUCCAAAUCAUUAGACCAUAACCACCCCCGCUUCAAAGUUUGGAAUUCCUUGCAAUUACGAAGUCAUUCUCCACUUCAAAAUUUUACAGCCGAUAACUUUAACAAAGAUCUGCGAAUGCCAUUUCAUGAAAAGAUGGACCCUUGGUUGUCAGAAUUUGUAGAGCCUGCUUAUGUGCCAUUGGAGGAAAUGGAUUUUCAUUCUUCAUCCCAAGUGUUGCCCCCAGAAUCCAUGAAAAAGUUUACUACCUCCAUCACUUUUUCAUCUCACCGGCAUUCUAAAUGCAUUUCAGAUUCCUCUGUUUUUAAGGUUGGUGUUACAGAAGAUAGUUCUGGAGCAUCUACAGGAGUGAUUAAUUCUCAUUUCACUGAAGAGCAAAAUCCUCUUAGAGAUCAAAAAAGGAAAACCUCGUCCCCCGUGUCAUUUAAAAUGUUUAGUCACUCACCAGAUAAAGAUUUAACUAUUUUAGCAGAGAGCAGUGGGAAAUGCCAAAAAUCACCUGUUAACUUUGAUCAUUCUCACCAAGAAGAAAAACUCUUAGAAAUAUCAGAUUUUAAAGUCAGUCAUUCUGAUCCCAGGCCCAGUGCAAAUUCUAGCAAUUUCCUUAGCAUGGGCAGACUGAAUUCCAGACUCGGAGGACAAGAAAAGAAUGUAACUCCAGAUAUUCCUUCACUCAUUUUUCUUGAACAGCGUGAACUCUUUGAACAAAGCAAAGUCCCACGUGCAAAUCACCACAUGAGAAAACAUCAUUCUUCACCUCAUCACUAUCAAGAUUAUGUCGCUCCAAGCCUUCCUUCUCGCAUUUUUCUUGAACAACGGGAGCUGUUUGAACAAAGCAAAGCUUCCCAUGUAGGUUCUCAGAUGAGAGAAUACCAUUCUCCCAUUCAUCAAGGUCAGAAUUGUAUAGCUCUAGACCUUCCUUCUGACAUUUUUCUUGAACAACGCAAGCUCUUUGAACAAAGCAAAGACCCGUAUGUAGAUCACCACCAUUCCUCCGCUCCUCAAGAUCAGGAAUGUGUAAUAGAAAAGGACAAUCAUUGCCAUUCUAAUAUGGAAAAUUCUGAAGCCAAGUUCAGUAAUAUUGUCUCCCAGUCAGCCCUGAAUCAUUGCGCUCCACCUUCAAAUCGAAAAGCAGUUUCUUGUGUUCGUAUAACUCUUUCACCCAAGACUUCUUCCAAAUUGGAUAGUGAAACCUUAGAUAAAAACUUACAUUCAGUGGAUCCUGUAUGUAAACCAAGGACAAAUAGAGAGUUUGACUCUGAACUGCAAACCGGAUCUUUGAGAUCAUUGGAACCAACCUCAGAAUCUAAAUCUUCUCUAGACUUCCAUGUCGUACAUUUUCCUGUUACAGAUACUAUAACUCAGAACCGGAACAUCAAACCAAGUCAGAAAGUGACCUCAAGGCAAACACAAGUGAACAGUUCAGAUUUGGAAGGCUAUUUCAAUCCAGAGGUAACAACUCCAGCAGCUGCAGACCACAGACCACCAGAGGAGUUUAAGACCCCAUUUGGAAAAUUAUCAUCAGAUGCUGUCACUCAGAUAACAACAGAGAGUCCAGAGAAAACCUUGUUUUCAUCUGAGAUUUUUAUUAAUGCUGAAGAUCGUGGACAUAAAAUUCUAGAGCCCCAACCUCAGCCUGUAUACAAAGUUCCUGUGAAGUUUGCUUCUUCAUCUUCAGUCCAACAGAUUGCUAUUUCUCGUGGUGAAGAUGCUCAGCCUUCACUGUUGCCAUAUAAGCCUCCUGGAAGUACAAAGAUGUACUAUGUUCCACAGUUAGAAAAAAUUCCUCAGUUCCUGGAAGCCAAAUCAGACACUACUCUUGAAAGCACACACUCAGGAUCCAAUGACGCCAUUGCUCCAGACUUCCCAGCUCAGGUGCUAGGCACGAGGGAUGAUGACCUGUCAGAUGCUGUGAACAUUAAACAUGAAGAGGGGAUCUACAGUAAGAGGGCGACAGAGAAAAAACCCUCUCAGAAAGACACUGCAGUUCAAGUAUCCAUCACUGGGGAUGAGUAUGUCUCAGACAAAACACUGAAAGAAGAGCUCUGCAGUAAGCGGGCAGUGACUAAACCCAUUCCUCCUGAUGAGAAGGAGUCCUUACAGAAAGACAAUGCAGGUUGCAGUGCUGAAAGCCUACCAGAAACUACAGCCUGGGCAGAAGAAAAAAAAUCCUUGCAGAUAGAUACUGCAGGAACCAGAUGUCAUUCAGAAUUUGCAAAUACUACCCAUUCUGUCUUCAAGUCUGCCCAGUUUUACUUUCAUCAUCCAGUGCACCUACCAACUGAUCAAGAUUUUUGCCAUGAGUCCUUGGGAAGGGGUGUUCUCAUGAGGCAUUCCUGGAAAGAUGUCUUUCAGCAUCACCCAGACAAACAUAAAGAAUUCUCUUUUCUUUCUCCUCCUUAUCAAAGUGUAGACAAGACCAAAAUGGAUUAUACCAGAAUAGAGAGCCUCCGUAUCAAUAUGAAUUUGGGGAACAAAGAAGUGAUGCAUACUGCUAAAAGCGAACCUAGGGAUCAUGUCAAAUGUAACAGGGAGAUUACUGAUCUAAAAAGGGAUCAUAAAGUCACCCCAGAGCCAACAGCUCAGGGCACUGCAAGUUUGAAUGAGCUCUGGAACAGAUACCAGGAGCGACAGAGGAACCGGAAACCUCCUGAGUUUGGCUUCAGGAAAGAACUCUCCUUGGUGGAGCGACUUGAUCGGUUGGCUAAAAUUCUUCAGAAUCCCAUCACACAUUCUCUCCAGGCCUCGGAAAGUACACAUGACGAUAACCGAGAGAAACAAGAUAGUAAGGAGUGGAGUACUAGACAUCAGCAACAGAAGGACAAACUUCAGAAAAAGAAGAGGUACAAAGACCUAGAGAAGUACAACAGAAACAUAGAAGAUCUUAAAAAAAGCAACAUACUUAGUACACAGCAAGCCAGGAAGCCCAGUCAGGUUAAAUUUGAACAUAUUAAAUUUAAUAAAUAUAUCCUGAGAAAACAGCCAGGUCUUAAUUAUAUAAGUAACACUUCUUCAGAUUCUCGGCCCUCAGAGGAGAGUGAGCUGCUCACAGAUACUGCCACCAACCUAUUUUCCACCACCACUUCUCCUGUGGAGUCAGAGUGUCUGACCCAAACCGAGAAAGAGGUGGCCUUGCACGAGAGGAGCAGCUCUGUCUCCACCAUUGACACGGCCCGAUUGAUUCAAGCUUUUGGCCACGAGAGAGUAUGCUUGUCACCCAGGCGAAUUAAAUUAUACAGCAGUAUCACCAACCAACAAAGGAGAUGCCUUGAGAAGCGGUGCAGGCCAGACAAGAAAGCAGUGAACACAGGUCACUUCCAUAUGACUGCUGAGCACGCCAGAAGGAAAAACAUCCAGGUGGGAGACCAUAUGAUUUCUUCUGACUCUAUUUCAUCUUCUGCUAGUAGUUUUUGGAACUCAAGCCCUAUCCUUUGCAACAAGCAGAAUGUACAGAUGUUAAACAAAGGUAUCCAAGCAGGUAACUUGGAGAUUGUGAACGGUGCCAGAAAACACACCCGUGAUGUUGGAUUGACUUUCCCCACUCCAAGUUCUAGUGAGGCUAGAUUAGAAGAGGAGAGUGACAUGAGUUCUUCUCUGUCCGAAGAAAAAGUUGAAGAGAAAAGAUUCCUUGCCAGUUAUCCCUUGGAUAAAAAGUUAAGGAAGAACAAGCCAAAUUUCUAUGAAGGAGUUUCAUGGUUUGUUCCUGUUGAAAAGUUGAAGUCUGGGUCCAAGAAGGAAAAUCUGCCUAACUCUUAUGGCCCUGGUGUCUCCUGGUUUGAACCAAUAACAAACACCAAACCCUGGAGGGAGCCACUUCGGGAAAAGAACUGGCAAGGACAGCAAAUGGACUGUCAGGGCUGCCUAGGAAACCCAUGCAGAGGUGAAUGUGUACACCCACUGAGGCCGUUUGUGAGAGCAAACCUACAGGAAGCGCUUCACUUUCACAGGCCUGACUUCAUCUCUCGCUCCGGGGAGCGGAUCAAGCGGCUGAAGUUAAUAGUCCAGGAGCGGAAGCUGCAGAACGUGCUGCAGCGUGAGCGGGAUACGCUGUUCAACCCUGGGCGAGAAUGGCAGGGCUGCGGGGAUCACAUACGCCCUCUACCUAGGCAAGGCACCCUGGCUGUCCAGAAGAGCAGAUCUAUUGCAAAGAAGGAAAUGAUUCAGAGGUCUAAACGGUUGUAUGAGCAGCUCCCAGAAGUUCAGAAAAGGAAAGAAGAAGAGAAGAGGAGGUCAGAUUAUAAGUCGUACCGGUUGCGAGCCCAGCUCUAUAAAAAGAAAGUGACCAAUCGACUCUUGGGGAGAAAAGUUCCCUGGGACUGA